AAGAAGAAUAGCGUGUUUGCAAUCCGCAUUUUUGUUAAAAACUUGUAAAAUCGUUGUUUUCGGUGUUUUUAUAAGUUUUUGUAAAGGAAAUAAUAUCCAGAAAGUCAGAAAUCCUUUUUGAAAAUAAAGGAUAUUCUUUAAAAGUACUGAAACAUUUUAUUUUAGCACCUACCAUGGAUUCCGAUUUGUACGACGAGUUUGGAAAUUAUAUUGGCCCCGAUUUGGACAGCGAUGAAGAUGAUGACCAGAGUAUUUACGGCCAACCCGACGUGCAGGAUGAUCCAGAGGAUCCUAUGGAUGAGGACGAAGUCGAGCCACAGGAGGACGAGGACAAGGAGGUGACCGCCGUGGUGCUGCACGAAGAUAAGCGGUACUAUCCCUCAGCCGUUGAGGUUUACGGACCGGAUGUAGAGACCAUUGUCCAGGAGGAGGACGCCCAGCCUCUCGACAAGCCGCUUAUCGAGCCGGUGAAGAAACUCAAAUUUCAAAUUAAGGAGCAGGACAUGCAGGAGACCACCUACGACAUGGAGUUUAUGGCCGAUCUUAUGGACACACCACCGCUGAUUCGCAACGUGGCGUUAGUCGGUCACCUGCACCACGGCAAAACAACCUUCGUCGACUGCCUCAUCCGGCAGACGCAUCCGCAGUUCGAGAACAUGGAGGAACGCCAGCUGCGUUAUACGGACACGCUGUUUACAGAGCAGGAGCGCGGAUGCAGCAUCAAGGCAACUCCGGUGACUUUGGUUCUGCAGGAUGUCAAGCAGAAGAGCUACUUGCUCAACAUCUUCGACACCCCGGGCCAUGUCAACUUCUCGGACGAGGCCACUGCCGCCAUGCGAAUGUCCGACGGUGUGGUUCUGUUCAUCGAUGCCGCCGAGGGCGUCAUGUUGAACACGGAGCGAUUGCUUAAACACGCGGUGCAGGAGCGCCAGGCCAUCACCGUGUGCAUAAACAAGAUUGAUCGCCUUAUUCUGGAGCUAAAGCUGCCGCCGCAGGACGCCUAUUUUAAGCUGAAACACAUUGUGGAAGAGGUCAAUGGGCUACUGAGCACGUAUGGCGCUGCAGAUGAUAAUCUGAUUGUUUCGCCUAUUUUGGGCAACGUCUGCUUUGCCAGUUCGUUGUACGGCUUUUGUUUUACACUAAAAUCUUUUGCCAAGCUUUAUGCGGACACAUAUGAGGGGGUGGCUUACCUGGAUUUUGCCAAGCGUCUUUGGGGCGACAUGUACUUCAACAGUAAGACGCGAAAAUUCUCAAAGAAACAACCGCAUAAUUCCGCACAACGUAGUUUUGUGGAGUUCAUCUUGGAGCCCAUGUACAAGUUGAUUGCCCAAGUUGUGGGUGAUGUGGACACAACUUUGUCGGACACUCUCGCAGAGUUAAAUGUACGAGUCUCGAAGGAGGAGAUGAAGUCCAAUAUACGACCUCUGCUGCGACUUGUCUGCAAUCGUUUCAUGGGCGACUGCAGCGGUUUUGUGGACAUGUGUGUGGAGCACAUUAAAUCGCCCUUGGAAAACGCUAAACGAAAGGUGGAUCAUAUUUACACUGGACCCAAAGAAGGUGACAUCUACCGCGAUAUGAUAUCGUGCAACCAGUAUGGCACUUUGAUGGUACACAGCUCCAAGAUGUAUCCCAACGACGAUUGUACUUUCUUCCAAGUGCUAGCGAGGAUCGUAUCGGGCACUCUACAUGCUGGCCAGGAGGUGCGUGUCUUGGGAGAGAACUACACUUUGCAGGAUGAGGAGGAUUCCCGCAUACUGCAAGUGGGACGCCUGUGGGUGUUUGAGUCGCGUUAUAAAGUCGAGCUUAAUCGGGUUCCAGCUGGAAACUGGGUCCUGAUCGAAGGCAUUGAUCAGUGCAUCGUUAAAACCUCCACCAUUGUCGACAUAAAUGUCCCGGAGGACCUCUACAUAUUCCGGCCCCUCAAGUUCAACACGCAGAGCAUUAUCAAGAUCGCUGUAGAGCCCGUAAAUCCUUCCGAGCUGCCAAAAAUGUUGGACGGUUUGCGCAAGGUGAACAAAUCAUAUCCUCUCCUCUCGACGAGAGUCGAGGAAUCGGGCGAGCAUGUUAUAUUGGGCACUGGCGAGCUGUACUUGGAUUGCGUAAUGCACGAUUUGCGAAAGAUGUACUCGGAGAUCGACAUAAAAGUGGCGGAUCCGGUGGUGGCUUUUUGUGAAACAGUUGUGGAGACAAGUUCGCUGAAAUGUUUUGCUGAAACUCCGAACAAAAAAAACAAGAUUACCAUGAUUUCGGAACCAUUGGAGAAAGGCCUGGCCGAGGACAUUGAAAACGGAACCGUCUGCAUAAACUGGAAUAAGAAACGGAUCGGAGAGUUCUUCCAGGUCAACUACGAUUGGGAUUUGCUGGCGGCGCGUUCCAUUUGGGCCUUCGGUCCCGACUCGACCGGUCCGAACAUCCUCGUGGACGACACUCUGCCAUCGGAAGUGGACAAAAACCUGUUGACGGCGGUGAAGGAUUCUAUUGUGCAGGGCUUUCAGUGGGGCACAAGGGAAGGACCGCUUUGUGAGGAGCCCAUUCGGAAUGUUAAGUUCAAGAUACUCGAUGGAGUGAUCGCCACCGAGGCGUUGCAUCGCGGUGGCGGCCAGAUCAUUCCCACAGCCCGGCGAGUGGCCUACUCUGCAUUCUUAAUGGCUACUCCGCGUCUGAUGGAACCGUACUUGUUUGUCGAGGUGCAGGCGCCUGCCGAUUGUGUAUCUGCUGUUUAUACUGUGCUGGCUAGACGCAGAGGACACGUAACGCAAGAUGCUCCCGUUUCUGGGUCCCCCAUUUACACGAUCAAAGCAUUCAUACCCGCCAUCGAUUCGUUUGGUUUCGAGACAGAUCUGCGCACACACACCCAAGGACAGGCCUUCUGUCUCUCGGUGUUCCAUCACUGGCAGAUCGUGCCCGGCGAUCCUCUGGACAAAAGCAUUAUUAUUCGGCCACUGGAGCCGCAGCAGGCGUCCCACUUGGCCCGAGAGUUCAUGAUCAAGACUCGCCGCAGGAAGGGUCUCUCCGAGGACGUGUCCAUAAACAAGUUCUUCGACGACCCCAUGUUGCUGGAACUGGCGCGCCAAGAUGUGCUGGUCAACUAUCCCCUGUAGGCUCAAUCACCAGAGUGAAACCAAUAAAACUUUUACUAUAUUUACUAAA